AUUGAAAAAAUAUAUAUAAAAGAGUAGAAAAUGGCCCAAAGAGAGAACUUGUUCUUCAAGUCGUUGUAAAGCAUAAUUGUAGAAGGGGAACUACCGAAUUUCACAGAGGCUUUCAAAACCCAGAUCGAUUUCAAGAAGAACGACAACAACAAACAAGAUAUGGAGAGCGUAUUUGGACUUGUUGGCAAUGGAUUCGUCAUCGUGGCCGCCGACACAUCGGCGGUGCACAGUAUUUUGGUUCAUAAGUCCAACGAGGACAAGAUCAUGGUGCUCGAUUCUCACAAGCUCGUCGCAGCUAGCGGCGAACCUGGCGAUAGGGUUCAGUUCACGGAGUAUAUCCAGAAGAAUGUGGCUUUGUAUCAGUUUCGAAAUGGUAUCCCUUUAACCACUGCUGCUGCUGCUAACUUCACUCGCGGUGAACUCGCUACCGCCUUACGGAAGAAUCCAUAUUCCGUGAACGUUCUUCUGGCGGGAUAUGACAAGGAGACCGGCCCAUCCCUCUAUUACAUUGACUAUAUUGCCACCCUUCACAAGGUUGAAAAGGGAGCUUUUGGUUAUGGAUCUUACUUUUCACUCGCCAUGAUGGACAGACACUACCACAGUGGCAUGACAGAAGAAGAAGCCAUUGAUCUGGUUGACAAAUGCAUACUAGAGAUCAGGUCCAGGCUUGUUGUGGCUCCACCGAAUUUUGUUAUCAAAAUUGUAGACAAGAAUGGAGCUAGGGAGGUUGCAUGGCGCGAAUCCAUCAAGGACGGAGUUAGUGUUCCUUCAGCUUAAGAUUUAAAUGUUAUAUCAGCAGAGGCUUGCUUUUUUUUUCUGUCUUCUUAACUUUGUAUGGGUGACAAGCUGGGUGUAUUUUACCCUCGUAGGCACCCUAGUUUCAGACAUUUUGAUAGAGUAAUGUUGGGGUUAACGUCUCUUAUUCCUGAAUACAUGAACAGAUGAACACAUUUUGAACUAUUGAUUGAUUUAUGUGCUGAAGUUCAAAUGUUCUACUUAUGGAUAGAUUCUUAAUUAA